GCCCAAACUGGGGGAACUGGUGGCAGGUGUGGAGGAGAUCCUCUCUUAGGUGGAAACCUGGAUGCAAUUCCAGACUCUGCCGCUUUUCCCCUCCUCCCGGAAAUCCUCCUGGAUCAUCCCUGCCCCCCCCCCAUCCCUACCCUCGGGCAUUCGAUGUCACCAGCCCCUGAGCCAGGGUGAGAUCGACCGCUUCCAGUCUUGGUCGGUCCCCCAUGGUGGUGUCCGUCGGGGCCUCUGUCCAGCCCUCUGCGGUGACGGAGUGACGGCCUACUCAGGGUCCUCCCUGGGCCUUCAGAGCCUUUUCUGUCAAAGAAGGGCAUUGAACUAAACAGCCUCUUCAGGCGUUAACGUUUUGUCCUUUCCACUCCUUUUUUUUCCUUGUUAAGGGCGUGGAUGGCAUCCGGGCGCCCUGAGGAGCUAUGGGAAGCCGUGGUGGGGGCAGCCGAGCGUUUUCGGGCACAGACAGGUACGGAGCUGGUGCUGCUGACAGCCGCACCCCCGCCCCCACCGCGGCCCGGCCCCUGUGCCUACGCAGCCCAUGGCCGGGGAGCCCUGGCCGAAGCUGCCAGGCGCUGCUUACAUGACAUAGCACAGGCCCACCGGGCAGCUGCUGCCAGGCCCCCUGCACCACCCCCUGCAACAGAGCCCCAGACCCUUAGCCCAAGGAGUUCCCCCCAUCCUCGGAGGCCAGAAGACAAGAAGGAGGAGGAAGAUGGCAAUGAGGAUGAGGAAGAGACAGAAACAGAGACAUCAGGGAGCAGACUAGGACUGGGAGAUGACGGAGGCCUGUUUGUGAUGGACGAAGACACUGCCCACGAGGACCUGCCGCCGUUCUGUGAGUCGGACCCUGAGAGCACAGACGACGGGAGCCUGAGCGAAGAGGCGCCCGCUGGCCCUCCUUGUGUGAGCCAGGCCCCCCAGCAGUACGCCAAGUCCCUGCCGGUGUCAGUGCCUGUCUGGGGCUUCAAGGACAAGAGAACAGAGACCAGGUCCUCGGAUGAGGAGAACGGGCCGCCCUCCUCCCCGGACCUGGAGCGCAUCGCGGCCAGCAUGCAGGCGCUGGUCCUGCGCGAGGCUGAGGGCUCCCAGGUGUUUGGAGACCUGCCCCGGCCCCGCCUCAACACCAGCGACUUCCAGAAGCUAAAGCGGAAAUACUGAGGGCGGGGUGUGGAUGCCUGCCUGCACCUCCCUCUCCCCUUUCCCCUCUCCUUUAUUCUACCUAUCCCCUGCAUCUGGCGGGUUUUGCCCUCUGGCCCCGCCCCUGGCACGCCCAGGCCUGGCCAAUCCCGGAUCCGUUCGCUGCCCCACCCUCCCUGAGGGGUUUCAUUUUUUCUUGCUCUUCCCGUGCGUUGAGGGAGGGUAGUGGAAGUAUCCAAUCAACUCCCCGAGUAGGCUCCCUUUUCCGGGGCAUCCUUUAGGGGAGGAUGCGGGGUUAUCCAAUCAGCUCCUCGACGGCCCUGGUGUUACCCCCUUGGCCAAUCGCAGCCUUAGGUCCUUUGGGCCUUCCCCUUUUAGGAGAAUCCAAUCGAUGCCUGAACUGCCAGAGGCUCCGCUAUUCGGGGAAAAGACCUUACCACGGGGAAGCCUCAACUCUCGACACUACAGCCGCCCUGUUCUGGUCCCGCCCCACCUCAGGGAUGGCCCAAUUGCAUUAGUACCUAUCCGAUGACGCUACCCACCCCACCCCCAAUUGGCCUGUUCCUGGGAAGGGUUUAGCCGAUCAGCUACCCCUUGCCCUCGGGGGCUCGCUGAGCCUCCGUUCCCACACAUGCCUUAAAGGGCCCUGCCCGCCCGUGUGAGGGUGGGAAGGGGCAGGGGGAACGCCUGCGAAUAAAGAGUUUGACUUUGA